AUGGCGCGUCACAAUCACGCCAAUUCUACCUCAUCGUCUUCCUCUUCUGAGUCGUCUGCGGGAUCUUCUGCUAGAUCGGAAGUGAGUACCCACCUGAGCACACCGCCACCCCGGAUAUCCGGGAAACGUGGAAGAGACGUGUUAGAUGCGUCUGAUAAGAAUGGACGCAAGUCUAAAAAGGCCAGCCCAGUUAGAGCCGAAAAGAAGGCCGAAAAAACACAACGGAGAUCACGCACUAAAGUCCUUACGCCGCGGGAGCAGUGCAUCCACAUUGCACGUUGGAUCCCACGCGGACUUGAUAUGUUCUGCAAUCUCAAGCAGACGAUCCAGGUAAGUCUACUUUUGGAGCAAGAAGAAGAAGCCGAGGCCGAGGACGGAGAUGAAGCGGAAGAAGAACACAUCAAGGCUGCCCGCAGUAAGAUCCUGGACGCCUGGUAUGUACAAUUGACUGCAUAUAUGCGCACUCUGACCGCAUAUAUGCACACACUAACUACUUAUAUCUAUGCUAACAUAAUUUUCAAUGACGAUAUCACUCGUGCACGGUACAAGCGGACGUUCGAAUACGUCAUGGAACACGCCCCUUAUCUUGGGACUCUGAUUGGAAGGAGAAAAAAAUGCGAGGAGCUCGCGCAACUCAUUGGCGAGAUGCAAAAUAUGAUUAACCAUACGCGCUCUGAGGACGCAAGUCGUCUCAAGUCUCACAUGGGCUCAUACGCCGCUCCAAACCCGGACAAAGAGCUUAUCUGUCCGCCCAUCACUGACGACAGCAAGAGCCGCGCUCUAAUGGGUUUUAAUCACGCCCAGCUGGGCAAAUUACUUUGUCCAGUUAAGUAUCUGGUCGACUACAUCGAGGAUCCGCAUGGGAUGAAGAACAAGUUCGAUAGCGCGACCUUAAAGGUGACCGCUGCCUUAUGGCCCGCCUUUCUCUAUCCAGGCAACACUGCGGGCGAAGAUUUUGACCCGGAAGACAUUAUUGAAGGGCUUUUUCGCGGAUAUCUUUUGGAGCGGGUUAUCAAACAUAUCUUCACCUCUCCAUCGUCUGCGCUCAAGGCUGGCGUCUCUAGUGGAACUCGCACUUGCAAUGCAAAGCUCCAUGGGAUGAAAGAAGUUGGGGCCGAGCAUAUCGCGUAUGCCGCGGUUCAGGCUCGCUUUGCUAUUAGCUCGCUUGAAAAAUGGAAAGACCACGAUGGUCUUUUCUAUUACACUAACUUCUAUACUAGGAUUGUAAAUCUUAUUCGGGGGAGGAAGGACGAGGGAAACUGUUCGGCAAUGAAAAUGGCGCCAAGCCUUCCACCUCGUCUCCUCAAGAGUCAGCGUGCUUCCCUACCCCCAUCCUCAAGAGUGGCGCGCUUCCCUACCCCCGAUCCUCCUGUCGACUCGCGCAAGGCGCAAGAAGUCUUACCUGCACGCCCCCCUACUCCCAAUCCUCCUGAUAACUCACACAAGCGCAAGCAAGUCUCCGCAUCAGCCCUUUUCGAUGAUAACAGCCCUCUUACUGAAGAAGAUGAAGAGAUCACUCGACCUACUAAGCGCAAACGAAAGAAUGCUGCUGUUCCACCGAAGAAGACUCCGAAACGCAAGGCAAGCAAGAAAUAG